GUGUGGUGCAGCUGGUGUGUGUGUGUGUGUGUGUGUGUGUGUGUCUUCAUUCUCAGAUUAAUGAAACUGACAAUUUGCCAACAGGUUGGUUCUUUGAUGUUGCUUUUGCCCUUUUAUUUCCCCUCCUUAGUACUACUACAAGCUUGAUUUUCCUCUAUGUAUCAUAUCUAUAUGACAAUUGGGAGUUACCAGAAAGAGACAUGCAACAGUCCACCUCCCUGGGUGAUUCAUUACCAAUCCAUCCAGCUCUGCACUGUGUGGUCGCUCCAGCUCACCGUAGCCAUGUACGUGAUAUGAAUGGUGUUUUGUCUUAGUAUGAAUGACUGCCAGAGAAUGCCAUUCCUGCACUGGUGCUUUGAUGCAGUGCAAUCAUGUAACUCAACCCUUUGUCACCGGGAAUCCAGAUUUAUCUACAGCAGCCUGUAAAUCAAUUCACCAUGCAGCACUUUUCAAUUAUUCAUACAGUUAAGCUUUGGGUGAACUGUAAGUUUAUAUGUGUGUUAAAGAGAUUUGUCUUUGCAGUGCUUCUGGAGUUGCUGCAAGAAAUUGUAGGAGUGUGUGUUAACAGUAGACCUGAUUGAUUUUCUCUGAUAUAGAAAAGAAAGCUGGAGGCUUGCUGUGUAUUUUCAUUUUAAGGUCAUUGUGAGCUUUAUUUGUAUUAAUAUCAAGUUCUAUUUGUGUGUGUGUGUUUGUGCAUAUGGAAGCGAAAGGUUGAUGAGACAGUUCUCAGCCCUCGUGACUUUAUCUCACGUUACCAUCCGAUCAUCACUUUCAGUAAGAGCAUCCUUUUACCCGUCUCUCUGCCACGCAAGCACUGCAACACGCUCGAUACUCUUUAUUCACUUUUUUUUUUACUUCAAAACUGUAAAUGAUGCCACAAUCUACCAGAAAAAAAUGUUAGCAACAACUGAAGAGCAUCAGACAAAGCAAAUCAGAGGCGCAACAUUUUUCUCAGAAAUAGAGCUGAAAAGCAGAUUUGGAUAUAUCAUUUUCCAAAUAUUAUUCCACAGAAUCAGGAAUAUCCAUUAAAGCACAAGCCAGCUGUCACCACAUUAAUUCCCCUUGUUCCUGAUUGCAGGAAAGAGCUUUACACAGCUGGCAGCACUCGGUCAUUCCUACUGCUGCGGUCCUCCUGGGACAGAAGCCACUGGCUCAUUGUAUAACCCGGUUUAGACUCAGCUGGACAGUAGCUUCUUGAAUGGAUGCAAAUCAAUGGAAACACUAUGCUCAUACUCUAUUUGAAGACUGAGGGGGUGGCGUUUGUAAGGACCCAAGGACAGAAGAAUUUCAAAGAGGAAUGAGGCUGAAUCAGCUGUCAGAACUGCCUCUGCCUUACAAUGGCCGACGACAACCGGUUGCCACAGGAUACAGGAUUCAAACUGAUCAUGUGAUCUGACUCCCUCACAGUUCCCUGCCAUCGCUCAUAGGGGGAUCAUGACCCGCCGGCUGAGUAGCUCCACGCGUUCGCAUACUGAAGACUCCAUCUUUCUGAGGCCCGAUGAGGACCCAGUCUGGCUGGAUGAGCCCACAAAGACUGAAAAAAUAGGCGAUGGAGCCGCUAAAAGAGAUGGGCUCCUUGACUGUAAAGAUGGACCCACACGGGGACAAAGCCCACAGGGAGAGGAGGUCUUUCUACAUAAGGUGUACACGCUGGUGGUUGAGAUCCACUGCUGGGCUGCACUGUUUAUCAUCUCCCAAGUCACAGGUUACUGGGUGUUUUUUGUGGUGGAAGGAAAUGGACCGCUCUCCUCCAUCUACAAAGCCCUGCAGGUCAUUGACUUCUAUCUUGGCUUCAUUUUACCUUGCCAGCCAAUUUUUGGAAUGGAUUCCAUGGUGUUGAUGAAGGAGAUGGCCAAUACCAAACAGCACAACUGGAUCGUCCAUGGCACUGCAGGCAUUGGUGUGGCCAUCUGUGUUGUGAUGGUCAUGCACAUGGUUAGUAAGUGGCGUUACGGCACUGGCUUGUGGUCAUCAGGAACAGUGUUGAGGGACACUGGAGACCGCCGGCAGUCUGUGAGUCGCCAGCCCUCCUUCACCCUGUCAGAGUGGACAGACGCCCAGGAGGAUCUGCUGGACCUGGACCCUGUGCCUCAGACCCCUGUCUUUGACAUGGGCACAGACACAAGGACGGAGGGAGACGCCGCCACGCUCACCGUCACACCAGUGGGGCUUCAAGAGAGGAGAGGCUCCAACGUUUCUCUGACCUUGGACAUGUGCACACCAGGCUGCACAGAGCCUUACGGCUAUGGAGCCCAGCUCUCUCCCAGAGACCAGUCAGCCCAGGAGUACCUCCGACAGGGAACACACACCCUGACCCCUGCCAUGCUGCACACAAGGGCUAUGGAUGACCAGAGCCUACAGGCUGAGUUUUAUGAAACUCCCAUGAACUUUGUGGACCCUAAGGAGUACAAUUACCCAGGGUUGGUGAGAAAGAACCGCUACAAAACCAUUUUACCAAAUACACACAGCAGAGUCAUCUUAAAGUCACAGGAUGAAGAUGAUUUUCUCUCCACCUACAUCAAUGCUAAUUAUCUCACAGGUUAUGGGGGUGAGGAACAAGCUUACAUUGCCACCCAGGGCCCCACAGUGAACACAGUGGGGGACUUCUGGAGGAUGGUGUGGCAGGAAAGAAGCCCAAUCAUAGUGAUGAUCACCAACCUGGAGGAGAAGAAUGAGAAAUGUGCAGAGUACUGGCCCGAGGACACUGUGACCCAUGAGGGCAUAGAGAUCACUGUUGUCACGGUAACCCAAGAGGAUGACUACAGUCUUAGGGUGUUUACUCUAAAGUGUGGGGAAGAGGAGCGCAGUCUGCGGCAUUACUGGUACACCUCCUGGCCAGAUCAAAAGACCCCAGACAAGGCUCCACCCCUGCUGGAGCUGGUACAGGAAGUGGAACGAGCCAGGGAGGAGGCCCCGCCCUCCAGUGGUCCCAUAAUCGUCCACUGCAGUGCUGGAAUUGGUCGAACUGGCUGUUUCAUUGCCACCUCCAUCCUUUCCAGGCAGCUGAGGACAGAGGGUGUGGUUGACAUCCUGAGAACCACCUGCCAGCUCCGUCUGGACAGGGGUGGGAUGAUCCAGACGUGUGAGCAGUACCAGUUUGUGCAUCAUGUCCUCAGCUUGUAUGAGAAGCAGCUGUCUCACACUGCUGAGGAGUAGAGUGAGCGCUACAGCCACACCCAGACCGAGACACACCACUGUACAUCGUACCGCCUCCGGUGGUGCUCACCACUGUACCUACCAUCAUCUCAAUCUCACCCUUUAACAGCUUCAAACCAUGUUAAUGUCUUCAUCCAAGGCGGGCUCGUUCAGACAGGACUGCAGGGUUGGUAUUAAAUCUGUGCUUAUUGUCUUUGAGCAGAAUAAAAACAGGGUGGUGGGGUUUGAUGCAGCCCUCCAAAAGUCCUAAUCACUCACUGUAUUGUCAUAAAUCCACAAUUUCCUGGCAAGUUGCAGCAGUCAGGCCUGAUGUAAUCCGAGCCUGCCCUCCCAUCGUCAUUUCAUUUGCAGUGUUGAAGUUUCUAUCAGACUGAUGUUCACGAGUCUGAGUCGUCAAGGCCUGGUUCUGCCCUUGGUCUGAGAUUGCUCCCUCAUAUAAAUGAUUGUACAGUUAUCAUAUGAUUCAAAUGGAACUGGAGCAAACUCAGAGCACUUGUAAUGGAGUUUGCUUUAAGGAAAACUAAGUUCAGUCUAAGAAAGUUAGUGUUGAUAAUAAGGGCCCUUUACAGCAUAAGUGCCAGCAUAAUUUAAAUCUACAGAGAUAAUCAAAAGCCAGCCUAAUGUUUGACAAUAUAUUAUUAUAAAAGUUCACUUGACGUAUAAGUUAACUAACAUCUAGCCUUUUUCUCUGACUCUUAAUGUAAAAAUAAUAAUAAUAAAGAAAAAAACUAUUUUGAGAAGGCCUGAGUCACCUCAUCUUCAGGUUGCAUGGUGCUAAGUGUUCAUUAAAGGCAUGUGCAAUGUUAUGGAACAUAGGAAUGUAACAGUUAGGUUAUUGAUUAACUAAUUAGGAUUUGUGUGCAGUCUACAGUAUUACAGUUUUACCAUGCUGCCUGUGCAGUCCUCAUGGCCCACGCUGUUUACAGAAAUCAACUUCUGUGUUAAGGCCACAUAAAUGUUCACUUAGAGGCAUCACAGACCCAGAGGCCACAAUCAGAACCUCACCAUGUACACAAUCUCCAGCGAUAUACAUGGUGUCAAGCAGAGAAAAGCAUUUUUAGAUUGUAUUCCUGUAAAUGAAAGUUAGUCAUCCUCAUGCUCUGUGAUGCCUCUGCUUUCAACAGUAGCUUAUACACAUCUGUGAAGUAAGAAACCCAUGAUUGUUGUAUAGACAGGCCAGGCCUAAACUGUAUGAAGCACAAUAGACCAACUAAGGUUAUCUCUCUGAUGUUCAGCUGUAAAAGUUCUCUUUUUUUCCUGUAUUGUGUUUUGAUUGUGUUGAGUUUAAUGGAUUGCAUGUGCUGUAUGGGACUCCAUAGGUCCACAAUCAAAGCGACGUGAUUGGUUGUCCUGCUUUUUGUUGUGUAAAAGGGUUUAAGCCUGUUAUUAUUAUAUUGCUUGCUCUUAGCCAAUGCUUUUGAUACAGUUUGCUUUUGUGAAAUCAACCAGAGAUAUUUUUAGAACAUUUUGAUACAAUCCUUUCGAGUAGAUGCCUUGUGUAUAUUUCCGUUUACACCAUGAUGGAAUGUAGCUCAUACUGUGGAUCAAACCAUUGGUUUAUAUUUGCAAGACUUAACGGAACAAAAUGUGACAACUACCUAAGUUACCUUACAGUACAGAAAAUAAAUAGAUUAUGUUCAGUCUUUAGUAUUAUUACUUUAGGCCUUUAGGCUUUGCUUUAAUAUGCUUUGCUUUCUGUGUAAGUUUUUAUCAUUUUCCUGGAGAAUUUUACCUCAGACUGAGUUUUUACGCAGUCCCUACAUCCGUCUGUGACUCUAGGUCACUCUCAGUUGACAACCCAGUUCAGAAAUACUUGCUAUGUGUAAGGCAGCUAAAACAGUGGAGAUAGUUUUCUAUGUAAUAAAAGUUUUAAAAAACAAUAACAAAAAAAAAAAUUAUUCGAUCAUGAACAUUAUCAGAGGAUUGGUUUAACUGUAUGGACUUGGACCAAUUAGUAAACAUCAGCUUAACUGGGAUGAUGAAACUGCCAAAAUGACCUUAUACAGGAACGUAGGACAUCGACAGGAAAAGGUACAAUCUGUUGUCAGACUAUUGACGUAAUUCUCUGAUAAUGUCAGUGUACUCGAAUGAAACUUUUUUUUCCAGUGCUUGUUGUCAGUGCUUACCAGGUCCUCUUCUCAUGAUCAAAAUCGAGAUGACAAAAGAGCCAAACAGUCAGACAUACAACGACCAGCAAUCAGUAUUUCUCUCUUCUGCUACAGUAUUGCUUUAAGUUGUGAGUUUUUGCAUCCAAAUAAAAGUAGAUUUUCAUGAA